GUCGAUAGAGGACCGACAUUCGUUUUGGAGCCGUCUUCUUCGAUGGAAUUCUCAUCUGACACGGGCGCCGUGGUCCCAUGCAGCGCUCAAGGACAACCAACGCCUCAGAUCCGCUGGGAGAAAAAGGAUGGCUCGCCCGCUGUUCCCAUACCGGGAGUUCGAGACAUACGGCCGGACGGGUCUCUGUUAUUCCAUCAGUUCAGUGUGUCCCAGUUUCGACCCGACGUCCACUCGACCGGCUACCGAUGCAUCGCCUACAACCACGUAGGCCUCAUUAAGAGUCGAUUGGUGCAGAUAAAAGGAGUGGUUGCUCACAAGUUUAGCGCGUCCGUUUUCGACGCAUAUGCCGUCAGAGGGAAUUCCGCUCUACUACGAUGCCAUAUACCUGCCAACGUGCGAGAUUUCGUGCGAGUUUCGUCGUGGACGCGACAAGACGGUGUAACUGUUGGAACUCUUGGGGAAUCAGCGCUGGACAAAAGAUACAUCAUGCUCUCGUCAGGAGAGCUUUUGAUCCGAUCUGCGAAGCCUGCAGACUCGACGCACAGCUUUAGAUGUACGCUCCACAACGUGCUCACAGGUCAGAGCACCGUCAGUCAAAGUGCUGGGAAGGUCAUCGUAACAGAGGCGAACGGAGUUCUCCCAGUUAAGAUUACGGAAUACAGGAGCAAUGUGCAUGUCGAGGAAGGAGACCGCGCGUAUCUUCCCUGCAUCAGUCAAGGGCAUCCGUCGCCCAAGACGACAUGGUACCGGAGCGAUAGCUCGGGUUCCCCGAAUCCUCUGCUCGCGUCCGAUCGGCAUCACAUUCUCGAUGGCCUGAUGGUGAUCUCGGCCGCGACGCCUGGGGACUCCGGUCGCUAUGUCUGCGUUGUGAACAACUCAGCUGGAGAAGAAAGAGCUCAAACAGAUUUGUACGUCAGCGUGCCCCUCAUUGCCCGAGUUGAGCCCAACAUUCAGGUCGUGGACGUUGGGCGCACUGCCAACAUGAGUUGCCGAAUCAGCGGGCAACCGAUUCACAGCGUCGUGUGGACAAAGGAUGGUCAACCUCUCAACAAAGGUCCCCGAUUCAAUUUCCUCUCGAGUGAAGUGCUGCAGGUAUUAGAAAUAUCUCCGGUGCACAGACAGGACCGUGGAAUGUACCAGUGUCUGGUGGGAAACUCGAAAGAUUCUGCGCAGGGUACGACUCAACUCAUUAUCGGAGAGGAUGCGCCUGUGCUCGAACAUGCAUUCCGUGAACUCACUCUCAAACCCGGAAGCAUGGCGUCGUUGAAGUGCUCCGCGUCCGGAAACCCUCUACCACAAAUUACCUGGACCUUGGACAGUCAAGCUGUUCCAGAGGUUUAUCACAUCCGGAUCGGUGACUACGUCAGUGGCGAGCGGUCUGUGCACAGCUACGUGAACAUCACGGCUGUCCGAGUCGAAGAUGGUGGAGUCUACUCCUGCAUUGCGAAGAACGGCGUCGGCCGUGCUGAGCAUUCUGCGCGUUUGCAGGUUUACGGCAAGCCACACAUCCGCACUAUGAGUCCCAAGACUGCGUUAGCAGGAGAAGCCGUCAGGAUUCAUUGCCCCGCUGCGGGCUAUCCGCUCAAGAGCAUCCACUGGAUCAGAGAGAAUCGCACUCUCCCCCAAAACCAUCGUCAGAAAGUUUUCGAGAACGGAACUUUAGUCAUCGCGGACGUGGAACGGCGAACCGACGACGGUCAAUAUACUUGCGUUGUGACCGGAGAGCACAAUGUCGUGGUAUCAAAACAACUCAAACUCACAGUGAUGAUUCCACCGAUCGUGAACCCGUUCACGUUUCCUGAGGACCUGACCCAGGGGAAGCGAGCAGGAGCGGCUUGCAUCGUCUCGGACGGAGACCUCCCGAUUCGCAUUAGCUGGUUCAAGGAUGGCCAGCCUCUGGCCCCGAGUUUGAAAGCGUCGGUGACUGCGGCCAACGACUACACUUCCUUCUUGUCGUUCACAUCGGUAGACCAACUGCACUCCGGUAAUUACACGUGUGUUGCAACGAACCCCGCAGCUUCGUCGAACUACACCGCGCCGAUGGUCGUCCAGGUGCCGCCCAAGUGGCUGACGGAGCCACUCGACAGACACGCCAUCGUGGGAGAACCUAUUGUUUUCGACUGUCAAGCGUCCGGACACCCUCUGCCAAAUAUCAGAUGGAAGAAACAACAAAAGAGCGACUUCGCCGUGAUAAUUAGCAACGCCAACAUCCAGAUACUUGAGAACGGCUCACUGUCAAUACGCGAAGUUUCCCGAGAAGAUGCGGGACCCUAUAUGUGCCAGGCGGUCAAUGGAGUCGGUCCCGGAAUCUCCAAGGUCAUCAAUCUCGACGUGCAUGUGGCCGCCCACUUCGAGAGAAAGUUCCAAGCGCUCACAGUACGUCGAGGCGACAGCUUUCAACUGAGCUGCCGAGCCAUUGGGGAGCCGCCAUUAGUCGUCACUUGGACUAGGGAUCGGCAGCCUUUCAACCCGAACCUGGAACCAAGAUACGUAGUUCAAGAACUCAACACGAAGGAGGCGUUCGAAUAUAAGAUACACGUCGGCUCAGCCGAUCGGAAAGAUUCCUCACUGUUCAGCUGUUACGCAGAGAAUGCUUUCGGCAGAGACGACACGAACUUCCAGGUUGUCGUUCAAGAAGCUCCAGAGAAGCCCCGGGAGCUCGACAUUGCGUCGGUAACCAGCAGAUCCGCUACUUUAACUUGGCAACAUCCAUACAGCGGUAACAGUCCAAUCCUACGCUAUAUCCUGGAAUACAAAAAGAUCAAAGAGGGCUGGGAUCAAGCCCAUGUGAGUACAGUCGAGUCAGCUGAACUUCGGGUGACUGUAACCUCUUUGAAGCCGAAGACGGAAUACGAGAUCAGGCUAAAGGCGGAAAACGCGCUAGGAAUGAGCGAAGCCAGCCUGGCGGUCACAGUUACGACUGAUGAGGAGGCGCCGAGCUCAGUGCCCCGAAACAUCAAGAUAAGUUCGACGGGAUCUUCAAGUCUACAUGUUGCUUGGGAGGCACCUGAGGGCACCGAUGAAGGGGCAGCGAGUGUCCAAGGCUACUACGUCGGGUACAAAAUUGCCGACAAGAGCGAGUCGUUCUCUUACAAAACUCUAGACGUUUCCGAAAUUCCUCAAGGUCAACAAUUGGAAACCAACAUCAGAGAACUCAAGAAAAGCACAAAAUACGUUGUAGUCGUUCAAGCGUUCAACAGCAAAGGAGCCGGACCCGUCUCUGAUGAAGUCAUUUCUCAAACUCUCGAAAUAGAUCCCCCUCCGGCGGCGAACCUCAAACUAGUCUCUUCGACCUCGUCGUCGGUGCACCUUGCGUGGAAUAUUGCAAGGGAGCAACCUAUUAACGGCUACAUCGUUUUCUAUCGUGAUACAAGCGCUACAGGGCUCUGGCAAGAAAAUGCUCUCCCAGCCGAAAAGUCUUCCCAUGUCGUAAGGAAUUUAUCCUGUGGUAGAGCCUACACGUUCUACAUUUUGGCCCACAACGGGGCCGGCAAAGGACCUCACAGUAAUCACGUUCAGGCGAAAACAGAAGGAUCAACACCCGAGGCGCCCGCCACGACUCGAGAGUUCCUCUCAUCGAACACGACCUGCGUCUCGGUUGAUCUUGCGUCGUGGAAAUCCGGUGGAUGCACCAUUUCAACGUUCGUUCUGCAUUAUCGUUUGGACGGAGACUCCGAUUGGAGCAGUCCCGGCUCCAGGGCGUUCGAUGCGUCGGUCAAUUCGAUUCAGCAAACUGUCGCGAUUUGCGACCUGGUCCCGGCGACCUGGUACACGUUGUCGGUGGCUGCGCACAGCGAAGCGGGGGAGACCGAAACCGAAUACCCGUUCUCGACGCUCACCCUCGCAGGAGGCACGAUUCCGCCGCCUCAUUCAACAAGAGAUCGUUCUCCACCGUACGGAUCUGUUACACCUUUAGUUGUUCCAUUUAUUGUCAGUUUACUGGUGGUUGUUUCGGCGGCUAUCGGAGCCUGUUUCUGGUUCGGGAGGAUGAGAAACAGCCGCGAGCCCCAUUCGAGGGAUCAAGGCGACAACUCAAAGUGUUUGCAACACUGCAACCAGGACACGCUCCCUAUGGCGGUCUGGGAGAAGAUGGAGGCGAACAAACACGCAUCCUUGCAAUACAUGUCGUCUCCGUGCCACGGAACGAUCCGCAGACCCCCUGGCGGGGUCGGCGAACGCGGAUUCUACGGCGGGGACACCAUUCAGGGAAGCAUAGCGGGAAUUCCUCGAGAAUGGCGUGGUCCCGGAGACGAACACACGUACGACGUUCCUUUUCACAGACAACACGCGACUCACCAUCUGGCGAAUAGCGGCGUUGUCGUGGGGGGAGGCGUCGGCGGCGGUGGACAAUACCAGAUGGCGGCUAAUCAAACUAGUCAGCUCAACCAUGUCUGUGACGCAGGUGAAGUUGUCUUGAUUGGAGCCAGCGGUGAGGAGCUCCGACAUCCAGCUUACCUCUACUCGAAACCGAAAAGGAAAGGCCCCGGCGGAGGCACCUGGGGAUCUCCUUCGAUGGGAGGUUCACUUCUAAUGGGAGCCUCGGAAGGGGGUUCACCGUCCCAGACUAGCCCCAGCUCUUCGCCUUACCACGAGACCCGUCGGGAAACUCUCUCCAGAAGGUUCUCAUCGGAAAUGUUGGAUUUGGAUGAAACAUCGUGA